GUGGCUAGCUUGACCACGAGCUUGACGCUUGUGUUUUCUGUUCCCUGGGGCCACAGUGUUUUCAACGGGACUCAACUUACCGGACUCGCCAUGGCCGCUUGACCCAGGCUAAAAUACCCUUCUUCCGUUAUUAUUUGUUCGAAACAUUUGCACAAACUUUUCCCAGACAAACUUUCGUCUUUUGUAUAGUUUUUUUAUGUCAAGGAAUAAGGAUGCAACCCCCACCGAGAAAGGUCCGGGUCACCCAGGAGCUGAAACACACUCACGCAGAGCAGAUGAGCCGAUUACACGUCAAACACCAGACAGAGUGUGACCUCCUGGAAGACCUGAGGACUUUUAGCCAAAAGAGGGCAGCUGUAGAGAGGGACUACGCCCAGGCCCUCCAGAAGUUGGCAAAUCAGUAUCUAAAGAGGGAAUGGCCGGACAGUCUGACAGAAGAACAAACAGACCACAGGAACAUGUAUUGUGUAUGGAGGGCCUAUUUGGAGGGUACAAUCCAGGUCACCCAGUCCAGAAUCAGCGCCUGUGAUAACUACAAAGUCCAAGUCGCUGAUCCAGCCAAGAUGGGCAGACUGCAGAAGGAACAGCAGCUGAGGAAGUGUAUUGAACAGCUGACGGUGGUUCAAGCUGAGCUACAGGGGUCGGUGAAGGAGCUGACCAAGAGCAGGAAGAAGUACCAGGAGGCUGAGACGAUGGCACAGGCGGUCCGAGAGAAGGCAGAGCUGGACGCCAAAUCCAAGCUAAGUCUCUUCCAGUCCAGAUCCAGUCUUCAAAGGGCGAGUGUAAAGCUGAAAGCCAAGAGGAGCGAGUGCAACUCCAAAGCCACGCAUGCCAGAAACGACUACCUUCUAAUGCUAGCAGCCGCUAACGCUCACCAGCAGCGCUACUAUGACACAGACCUCAUGGACUGCAUCAAGGUCUUAGAUGGAAAAAUCUAUGAGCAGGUAAAAGAUUACCUGGUCUCGCUGUGUCAGACUGAGCUGGAAACUUACGAGGCUGUCCACAACACCUUCAACCAGCUUUUAAACAGCUCCAAUGGGGUUCUGCAGGAGUUUCACCAGCAGCAGUUUGUACAGAAGAACCUCAUGUUCCAGCAAGCCCCGGACUUCUUGUACCAGCCCAGCGACUCAGAUACGGUGAUGCAGCUGCAGAAGGAGAGUGGAACGUCAGAGGAGCACAGUCUGGAUAAAGAGGCGAGGAAAUGGGCGAGCCGCGUGGCCCGAGAAUACAAGAGCAUCAUCCACACUCAGAGGGCCCUGGAGGAUUAUGGGACGCAGGAAUCAUCAGAGCAAAACAACAGUGAGCUGGAGACCAAGAUGGAGGUGGCCAAGCGGAGUCUUCGCAGAGCAGAGACAGUGAAAGUGAAAGCAGAGGCCCGUCUGGACUUGUUGAGGCAGGCAGGUGUUGCUGUGGAAACGUGGCUGAAGAGUGCCAUGAACCAGGUGAUGGAGGAGCUGGAGAACGAGCGCUGGAACAAUCUCAAUACCCAUGAUCCUUCACUCUCUGGGACAGCAGAUUUGGAGCGAGAGGAUGAGGAGGAGAUGGAGGACAGUGGUGAAGUGUUAGACGACAGCAGCUCCAGCCCCUCCAGCACCUUGAAAAACUAUCCCCUCACCUGCAAAGUACUCUACUCCUACAAGGCGUCGCAGCCAGAUGAACUGACCAUUGAGGAGCAGGAAAUCUUGGAGGUCAUUGAUGAUGGAGACAUGGAGGACUGGGUCAAGGCCAGAAAUCGCAGUGGACAGGUUGGCUACGUCCCAGAGAAAUACCUGCAGCUUCCUUCCUCCAACAGUCUGCUGAGUAUGCUACAGGCACUUGCGGCACUGGAUGCCCGAUCCCAUUCCUCCAGUAACUCCACUGAACCUGAAACCGAACUACCAACUGGCUCAGUCAACGGAGACUCCAGUGUGUCAUUUGCGAAGGCCCUGUACGACUACGCAGGACAAACCGAGGACGAGCUGUCGUUUCCAGAAGGUGCCAUCAUCCGCAUCCUGAGCAGAGAGACCCACGAGGAUGACGGUUUCUGGGAGGGAGAGUUUAACGGCGUCGUCGGCGUCUUCCCUGCAGUUCUGGUGGAGGAUCUCGCCGGCGCCAGCGAGAAUGGAGAUGGACAAAGAGAUGUCAAUGCACAGGCAUCUCCCUCCCCUUUGGCCCAGUGCGACCAAUCCCCUCGUAGUCCCUUCCAGCAGGGGCCUCUCCACAGCAGCCCCCUUCAGACGCCCACCAUGUCCUCACCUUUGUCAAGUCCCUGCAGCGCAACAGCUUCUCCCAUUGGCCGACCACCGUCCUAUCACAACGGACAUCACAGGCCACCACCAGCGCCCCACAAAAGCCCCUUUCAGAGUCCAACCCAAGGCUCCCCUCAACCUCCCAAAUACCCAGAGAACAGCUCCAGCACCAUUCGACCUGUCCGUGCCGCUCCUCCGCCCCCUAAGCAGCAUCCUCGCGGGCAGGUGAAGCGGAGGGAGGAGGUGGAGAUCACGCUGGUGUGAAGGGGGUCGGCACCCUGGUGGUGACGGUGACGGUGGCGUUGGCGUCUCUGUUCAAACCAGCCGCGAUUUCACGGCUCUGUUGCCUCUAAACACACUCCCAAAGGAAACCAGAGGAAACUUAAACUCCCUGAAGAUGCCUGGAGGCCCGGAGAUGCCUUUUAACUUUUAACACCUCAAAGGGUCAGUGUGCUGUGGAGGAAUAUUGUGCCUUUCUCUUAACUAUACUCCUUUACAUACACUCCCUUACACAGUGUUUGUCUUUGAUAAAUAGGGCGGAUAUGGUUUUUAUUUUUAUUCAAAGUUGUACAUCCUGUAGUCCAUAUUGUCCACAUCUUCUACCUGGACAUGAAUCAUUUUACAGUCCUGACAAAAUAUAUUGAUAACUAACAGAAUAUCUGCUGUUAAUAAUGAAUUCAAAAAUCAGUCCUGGUAUUGGUUUUUAAAAUUCUGUAUCUGUGUUUUGCUCAUAGUAAUUGAUAUAGUGAUAACUGGCAGAUAAUACAAUGUUUCUGUUCAGGGCCUAAAAAUGCAGUGAAAUCUGUGAAUUAACAGAAAAGGUGACGUCACGUUAACUUGUUUCUUGCCGAUUUUUAUACCUUAGGACAGAGCCCGGCUAGCUGUUUCCCUCUGUUUUCAGUUGUUGUGCUAAGCUAACUGUAGCUUUAGUGAUAUCUCAGAAUCUUCUCAUCAAAGCUAACCUUCUGCAAGUAAAUUAAAAAAGUGUCUUUCCCAAAAUGUCAAACUAUUUACUUCAACUGACCGACCACCUAAAACAUCAGAUCCUGUGAUCAAUACCUUGUAAUCAUGAGAUACAAAGUUGGAAUCAUGAGAAAACAUCUUUUGUUUUUUCCUGCAGCGCUCUUCCGUGUAUAUGUUUAUUGGUAUCUGAAAGUAUCAUUAUUAAUAUAUUAAUAAUAAGGAUUUCAACCAUAUUGCCCAGUUAUGUCUCACUAUAUCACUUACUGUGUGGCUCUUUCUCUCUUAUUUUCACGAGCUGUCACAAUUGGGAUUACAUCUAUGCAACAACGUUAAACUUAGUCAGGACAUCAUAGCAUGAAGCUUCAACACAAAACCAAAAGUCUGGUUGUCUCCACACUUGAUCAAAAAAACACACAC